AUGUUCAAUUCUAGGCCUAUUCUAGACUGUGAGGAGCCAAAGCAAACUGAAAUGAUACAAGCCUUCUUGAAGAGGUUUUCAUUGCAUCAUUCCUGGCAUGUAAAUAUCUCUCAUCCUGUUUGCAGAGUGUUUUGGAAAUCAAGAGAAUGGAGUAGGAAAAAAUCAACGUUUGAUUCAGAUGAGGAAAUUCCAGUUUCAUUCAGAAGAAAGCAUGUUAGAAAGAAAAAGAUAAGACCAUUGAAAAGUGCUGGAAACCCUGAGGAGCAACAGGUCUUAGAGCAAAGGAUCACAUUACCCUGUUCCAUAUGCAAGAAUGAAAUUAAUGUAACUGAUAUUUUUCUCCAUAAAAAGGAACAUGUAGCUCUAGCCACAUUGGGUUUCCAGUGGAUGGCUGGAAAGAAACCACAGCCCUUAAUACUUGCUGUUCAGAGACAGUAUAUAAUUUCUAAACUAUUGUCAUCCUUUACAUUCAAUGAAAAAAUCCUACAGAGCAUCAAUAAUGCCUUUGAGCUGAUCUGGAAGAAAGAAAUACCAGCAUACUAUAAGAUUUUUCAUAACAUUGACAGGAGUUCCAUAUAUUCUCAAAAAAUCGGUCAUCUGUUAAUUAAAGGAGUAUCCAUUUGUGAAGACAGGAAUUCUACAUGGAAAGCUGACAUGAGUGAUAAAUUCACUGUAGUGAAUAAUUUUGGCAACAGACCCAAUGUGUGUUUUUUUGGUUUGUUUGAUGGACAUCAUGGUGCCUCAGCAGCCGAGUUGACAUCAAUGGAACUCCCAGUUUUACUUCUCCACCAACUUUCCAAAUUUGAUCCUUCCUACCAAAUGACACUUGAAGAGAAACAAAUAAUCAAUUCCUUUCAUACUGUGUUUAGAGAAGAAUACAUAGCAAUAGAAGACCUCUUUUCUUCCACAAACAAAAAGACAAGAGCAAUGAGGAGUGAGUAUGAGGACAUACACAAGGCCUUUGCAAAAGCAUUUUGGAGAAUGGAUAGGCUUUUACGUCUCGGAAGGAAAGAAGUGUCCAGGGUUCGAUGGAGUGGCUGCUCUGCAGUUACUUGUGUAUUAGAAGGCAGCAUUAAAAGUCCUUACCCUCAUAAGAAUUGGAGGAAAACUAAUAACUAUGAUAGAUUGGCAGAGAGCUAUCCUUUUCAGAAGAUGCCAGAAAUAAUUUCUGGAAUAUUACAUGUUGCAAACACUGGUAAUGUGCAGGCAGUUUUAUGCAGAAAUGGGAAAGGUUUUUGCCUAACCAAAGAACAUACUACACGAAACAUAAAUGAAAGAAGAAGAGUACUUCAGAAUGGAGCAGUGAUCAGUUCACAUGAACCAUAUGGGCUCCUAGAAGGGCAGAUAAAAACCACACGAGGACUUGGAUUUCAUGGAAAUCUCAAACUGAAAAAAUUCGUAAUCCCAGCACCUCAAACUAUUUCUGUCCCUAUAGACGACUUAUGUCAAUUCCUCAUUUUAGCCACUAAUGGCGUUUGGGAAGUUCUGGAUACAAAGGAAGUCACUGCACUGGCAAUGACAAUGUUUCAGGUGUAUAAACAAAUAUACAAUUCUAUCAUACGAAACAAAUCCUCACCAGCAAACAGUGAAACAAACAUCACUGAAUCAGAAAGUGAUAUUCAUGUAUUGUUUCAGUAUAACCCUGAAUCUGAAGAAUGUCUGUCAACUGCAAAUUCAAAGGAAAAUUUGUCCAAUUCAAAAUAUUCUAACAAUUUCAUUUAUAAUCCUGAAAAUAUAGAAAGAGUUCCACCAGAAACGACUCAUCAUGAACCUUGCAGUGAGAAAGAAACUUACAAACCACACAGCAUAAAUGGGGUGCCAAAAAGUGAGAAAAAAUCAGGCACCGAGAGUUUCUAUGAAGGUGCAGCUGAGUAUGUUAGCCAUGAACUUGUAAAUGCUGCUUUAGAGGCUGGCUCCAGAGACAACAUUACAGUUAUGGUAAUACUUCUCAAUGGAAGUGAAUAUCAGUUUCUGAUGUAA